UUCCCCCUCCCCCUCUCUUCCUUCCUUCCCUUGCACCCCAAUUCGGGGGUAAGCCGAAACAGUAAAUUUGCACUCCUGUUUUACACCCCCUUACUGUUCCAAAUUAACCACACAGGUGCAAAUGUGUUGGAAACUGUGUUUACCCCUCACAUUUGCACCCUCCUCCCAUUUACCCCUCUUCCCAAACAGAGUGUUGGAGUUUUAGAAUAGAAGUUGUUAUGGAAAUUUGACUUGAUUUCCAUUGAUGAUGUACAACGUUAAUAUACAGGUACAAGGGAGAGUUUUUAGCAACAGAAAGUUGCCAUGUAUCUCCAGUAACUCAUUUCCCACAAAAGAAGGAACAAAAAAGGGGAAUAAUAAAAAUACAUUGAUUUUGUUUCUCUAAUAGUGAUUCUACUCCGAAACCAAAAAGAAGAAUAGAUGUACUCGUUUCUCUCCCUCUCGUUUUACACUUCUCCUUCUCAUUUCUCUCCCUUUUGCGGUUUAUGUUUUAGUGCAUAAAGUUUUUUUAAAUGGUUUGGUGAUUAAUUGAAAAGAUUAUAGCUUUUCUCCUUGGUUAAACAACCCUCCGUCCUCAUGGCGGUGGUUGCUAUCCUUUGGCGUAUCUGGCGUUCUCGGAACUGGGUUGUUUUUGAGGGCAAGCAGCUCGACUUCCCUGCGCUAAUGCGUCAAUACAAUCAGCAGUAUGAGGAGUGGGUGGGGCUGCCUGUGGAUCGGGGCCCUCGAUCCACGGUAUCUCCACCGCCUCACCCAUCUUUGGGGGGGGAGGGUAGGAUGGUUUGCAUGUGGGAUGGUGCGACGAGGAUGGGGUCCCAUUCGGCUGGAGGAUUUGUGGUGUUGUCUCCGACUAAAGUAAUCCAAGUGGCUGAGGGGCUCCAGUUCCCGGGUAUUGAUGAUCCGUUGGUGGCUGAGGUAUUGGUGCUCCGGGAUGCCAUCAUGUGGUGCCGGGCUCGUGGUAUUGUGGAGGUGUGUUUUGAGGGGGAUGCCAAGGUCGUCAUCGACAAGAUCAACCAGGCGGAUGCUAGUGAUAGUCGGAUUGGUGCUAUUCUUGCUGAAAUUAUUCAUCACUUGGCUGACUGCUCAGGGUUUAGCAUUAGAUUUGUAGGUCGGGGUAGCAAUAGGGUAGCCCAUUUGGUGGCUAGGAAGGCCCUUUCUUUGUACCCGACUGCGAGUCGGUUCUUUGAUUUUCAGGCCUGGCUGUGUUCCAGGAUGUAACUAUCUGGUUUCUCUAUUCAAUGAUAGAUUAUCUUUUGUAAAAAAAAAAAAAAAAGAUUAUAGCUUUUAAAUCACUAUUUUUUAUGAGUUUUAAAACGAUUUCUAUAUUUUUUGAGGGGUUGAAUUUUUUUGCUGGAGAGGUUGAAGAAAUCUUAUUUUGAUGG